UCCUAGCACUCACGAGUACACAGGUGGAGUUCACGGUAACAUGGGAUCAUCUCGAUUACGUGAGUUUCUGGCCACCCUGGCGGCGGCGGCGGCGGCGCUGUUGCAGCUCACCUCAGCGCUAACCGGCGACCACGUGUGCCACCACGUGGAAAACUACACGGUGACGUCACGGGAGCAGUAUGUGGAGCCGGUGGAAAUUCACACACUCGCCUGGUGCCUGCAGAUACCGCCACGCUGCCCCCAGACUCGCACGGAGUUGCGAGAACGUUGGCGAACGAAGACGGAAGUGAAGUUUAAGAGCGUGCCGAUAUGCUGCGAAGGCUACGCGGUGCAGGAGCUCCUCGAGAAUGGAGGCGGUGCCGACGCCAAGUGCGUCCCCCACUGCAAAAAGUGCCGGAGCGGCGUCUGCACGGCACCGAACGAGUGCACCUGCGAUCCGGGUUACCAAGGACAGGAUUGCGCUUAUGACGUAAUGAAUGUUUGCUUAAAAGAGUGUCCACAGGGCACUUGGGGCCAAGGCUGCAAGAACGAGUGCAACUGUAUUCGCGAUAUGUCAUGCAAUCCUGUUAAUGGCAAGUGCAAGUGUCCCCCAGGAUGGAUGGGCUCCCGGUGCGAGAGCGAGUGUCCCAGAGGACAAUGGGGUGCCGCUUGCAAUUCGAUUUGCCUGUGCGAGGGCGCGCAGGCGCAAUGCCACCACGAGACCGGCGAGUGCGUCGAGCUGGACAAGUUGCUCAUCGAUCCUUUCGAGGCAUCCGGCAUAUCCGUUAAUCUAGUCCCGGCUGCCCUGACCACGGCUAAAGUCCCCAACACCGAUUACUUUGACGUCAUUGAAUUCGACAGGGAGGCUAUAAUACCAAGGGUUACCGAACAUACCAAGAAAUGA